CCUCCACGGUCGCACAUGGGCGCAAUGAAAUCCCGGUUUUUGCGAUACAUCGACCAUACCUUGCGCAAGCAGCUGACCACAGCAAGUCGUCUCGUGUUCGAUGUCUCUCCCACCAAACUCAGACUUCCACGACGAACUAAUUGGACACGUCGCAUUUCGCUCAAGAAAUCCUUCUGGAUUACUCGGCUAACCCUCUUUCGCUGGGAAUUGGUGGGAGAUAUUAGGAUGGAGUUUCACCGAGGAUGCAUGGCUAGUUUACCUUAAGGGUCUCCAAAGUUCCCGGAUCUCGCGAAUUCGCAAGGACAACGAUGAGUGGAAAGUUAAAAAAGAACGGCCGCCUCCUAAACUUGACCGCUGAGUUUGGGAUACUCCAGAAGUUGUACCGGAAACGUCCUUAGCUCGAUCACAACUAUCGCGAGCACAUGGCGCGCGAGGGACUCCAAGUUAUCUAUCGACGCACUACUUAAAUCUUCUGCGAAGACUACCCCACUAUCGUUUCCACACGACUAUGCUAUUCCCAUUCCUUUCGUCUGUUGUCCUCCUAUCCCAUCUACAUCACUAUGCCUCUGCGUUGUCUUUGCCAGAAGUUGACGUGACAACCUCUGCAGGCAUCAAUGACAAUGCCGACGCCUCAAACUGCUUUCCUGCUAUCGGCUUCACGAUGCCAUCGAGUACACCAUCGUCUCUGACCAACUGGUGGUGUCCCAUGAGCUCAGAGUACGCGUUCGUCGGAUUUAGCUACGAAGUGUCGCAAUGCCAAAGUGCAUCACAGUUGAAAACCGAAUUCGCUAACAUCAAGAACAAGUUCCACGGCCGCUAUGUCCGGCUAUACGGUGCAUGCGACCGAGAGGGCUUUUACGACGAUGUGGUGGAUGCUGCAUGGAACGCCGGGGUUGGGGUACAUGCGCUGAUCUGGUUCGGCUUCGACGGUGGCGAUAUUUGGGAAACACGCCGUGACACUCUCACGCAAGCACUUCUCAACAACCCGAGGGCGAAAUUUGUCACUCGCACAGUGCAAUUCGGCUCAGAACCCAUGUUUGAUUGGGUGCUCGACCCUCCGGUUCUUGCUGAUCAAGUCACGAUACUAAAACAAAAACUCUCAACUCUGAAUAUUCCUGUUACGGUGUCAGAUAUGGCGUAUUCGUAUCAGUUUCAAGAAUCGAAUGGUUCGGGCCAAGUGAUGCAAGCGAUUGAUUUCAUUGACGCUCAUAUGCUGCCUUUCUUCGCCCAAGAUGCCUCAACUGCUGACCAGUCGUGGCCGUUGGUACUUCGAGACCUUCAAUGGUUCUACGAUAACGGACUGGGGAAAAAGAUGUAUCUUAGUGAGAACGGCUGGCCGUCCACCACAUACCCGGGAGUAGAACCAAAUAGUCCUCUAGCUGUCGCCGAUGUGCCUAACGAAAAGGCAUACUACGACCUUCUCGACAGUCAAUGCGAAUACUUCAAGACUGCGCCAAACGGUGGUGUCGGCUGGUUCGCACACAUCUAUUCUGAUAAUCAGGAACCUGGUUAUGGAAUUUAUGGAAAGGAUGGACAGCUGAAGUUUGCCUUCCAACCUAGAACCUCGUGUUAAGUUAUUCGAUUUCUUCCGACGUCGAUUCCUUUUUCUUCGUGUAAUGAUUUUCAUGUCAUACUUUGGGCUAUCAUUAUCUGUGGUUGGAUCUCGUAUAUUUAUUCGUCUGACUUGGUAUCUCAUAUUCAUGUAUUUAUGCAACUUGUAUCGAAUUGUAAUCAUAACUCGUCUGUUUGCAAUGUGACUUGGUUAUGCGCAC